CUCUCUAGCUCUUCUUCACAGCUUCUUUUUCUCUCUAGCUACUCAGAAGAAAAGAAGAUGGCUGAAGCAUUGGUGGGUGGAGCAUUUCUCUCGGCUUCCCUUCAAGUGCUGUUUGAUCGGGUGGCUACUCGUGAGUUCAGAAGCUUCUUUACCAAACGAAAGUUCGAUGAUGAGCUCGUAAACAAGUUGAAGACAAUCUUGCUGGCCCUUCAAGCAGUGCAAGAUGAUGCGGAGGACAAGCAGAUUACCAACAAGCAUGUGAAAGCUUGGCUCGACGAGCUCCAACAUGUUAUCUGCCAAGCUGAGGACUUGCUGGAUGAGAUUGCUACCAAAGCCUUGAGGGACAAGUUGGAAGCUGAUCAUGAUCAGUCUCAAUCACAAAGCAGCACAACUCAGGUUGGUUUCAAUCGAUUUUUCCAUCCCGUUAAGCAAUCUCUAAUACGCAUUAAUCAUUCAACUAAAGCUUAUGUGUAUGAAGAAUCCAUAGAGUCUAGGAUCAAAGGGAUGAUGAGUAAGUUGGAAUGGUUUGUCGAGCAAAAAAAUUCUCUUAAUUUGAGAGAGAAUGUUGGAAGAAAACAAUUUCAAAGACAAGAAACAACUUCUCUAGUAGACGAAUCUGACGUCUAUGGGAGGAGGAACGACAUAGAGAAGAUAUUUGAAUUGUUGUUGUCUGGUAAUGCAACGGAUAAUGAGAUCGGUGUGAUCCCCAUUGUCGGUAUGGGAGGGAUUGGCAAGACAACCCUUGCCCAAUUUGUAUACAAUAAUGCUAGAGUAAAUGAGAGUUUUCAUGUAAAAUCAUGGGUUUGCGUUUCUGAAGCAUUUGAUAUUUGCAUGAUAACAAAGAAAAUUUUGGAUGAUGUCACCGCAUCAAACAAUAACAUCAACAGCCUUGAUCAACUUCAAAUCAAGUUGAAAGAGAGCCUCGCAGGGAAGAAAUUUCUAAUUGUUUUAGAUGAUGUCUGGAAUGAUGACUACAUUGAUUGGGACCUCUUAAGAAGACCUUUCAGAACUGGAGCGCUCGAAAGUAGGAUUAUUGUAACGACACGCAUUGACAAAGUUGCAACAGUACUAGGCACUGCUCCUAGUCAUCACUUAAAGCAAUUGUCGUUUGAUGAUAGUUGGUCAUUAUUUGCAAAGCAUGCAUUUGGGAGUGGAGAUUGUGUGGCUCAUUCAGACCUAAAGAAGAUUGGUGAACAAAUUGUUGAGAAAUGUAAAGGCUUGCCUUUAGCGAUUAAAUCACUUGGAGGUCUCUUGCGGUCGAAACUGGAACCAGAGGAAUGGGACAAUAUAUUAAAAAGCGAGAUAUGGGAUUUGCAGGAGAGCAAGAUUCUUCCAGCUUUAAAGUUGAGCUAUCAUUAUCUUCCUUCGCAUUUAAAGAGGUGCUUUGCAUAUUGUUCCAUAUUUCCUAAAGAUUACAAAUUUAAAAAGGAAAAGCUAGUCCAAUUAUGGAUAGCCUUAGAUCUCGUGCAGCAACCCAAAAAUAAUAUGUUAUGGGAAGAUGCAGGUAAUUACUACUUCUGUGAACUAUUGGCAAGGUCUUUCUUUAAGAGAUCAAGUCAUUCUUAUUUUCUAAUGCAUGACCUGAUCCAUGACUUAGCUCAAGAUAUAUCUGGAGAGUUUUGUUUGAUGUUGGAAGAUGGCAAACCCCUUAAUCAUAUUUGUGAAAAACUUCGCCAUUUCUCAUAUGUUAAGGGCACAUAUGACGCACUUGAGAAAUUCAAGGCUGUAAUUGAGGUCAAGUAUUUACGGACAUUCAUAUCAUUUUUUGGUGGAUGGGGUCCUUUCUUAAGCCAUAAGGUACUGCAUGCCUUGUUGCCAAGCUUGAGAUUCUUAAGGGUGCUAUCUCUGUCUAAAUAUCAGAUUUCUGAAUUGCCUCAAUCGAUCGGAAAUUUGAUACACUUGCGUUAUUUGGAUCUCUCUGCGACAAAUAUCAAACGGUUACCUGAUUCAAUAACAAACUUGUGCAAUUUACAGACAUUAGAUUUGUCAUAUUGUGUGGAUCUUAUUGAGUUGCCUUUGAAUAUGGGAAACCUAAUAAACUUGCGCCAUCUUGACAUCAGAGAAACGAGAUUGACUAAAAUACCAAUGCAAAUGAGUAGACUGAAAGAUCUACAGCAUUUGACAUAUUUUGUAGUUGGCAGGAACAAUGGGUCAAGGAUUAGUGGGUUGAAGGAAAUCCAUCACCUUCGGGGGCAACUCCGCAUUUCAGGGCUUCAAAAUGUAACCAGUGGUCUGGAUGCAUCAGAGGCCAAUCUGAAGCAUAAGAAGCAUCUUGAAGGGUUAGUGCUGGAAUGGAAUGGUGAUACUAGUGAUACACAAAAGGAAAGAGAUAUACUUGACAAACUACAGCCUCAUGCAGGACUGAAGUAUCUCAGCAUCUUUAAUUAUGGAAGCACAAGAUUUCCCGAUUGGUUAGGGGCACCUUAUUUGUUUCAUAACAUGGUGUCCUUAAGUCUUAAAAGGUGUGCAAAUUGCUGUUCCUUGCCGCAGAUUGGGCAGCUACCUUCUCUAAAAUAUCUAGGAAUUGAAGGGAUGAAAGCAAUAACGGAGGUGGGUUGGGAGUUCUAUGGGAAUACUUCUUCUUCUCCGAUCAAACCAUUUCAAUCCUUGGAGAGAUUAAGCUUUAAGGAAAUGGAAGAAUGGAAAGAAUGGCAUGCAUUAGGGGCUGGAGAGUUCUCUUGCCUUUUAGAGCUUUCUAUGGUUGAUUGUCCUAAGUUAACCGGUGAAUUAUCCAUCCGCUUCCCAUCUCUAAGGAAACUUGAAAUUUCCAGAUGCCAACAGCUGAUGUCAAAUCAAGUUGGGUUGUUGCUGCAAGACGUGCCUUCUCUUCGGGAAAUGGAGAUCUCAGCUAUUCCAGAAUUGACUGAAUUGCCGCCACAACUACAACACCUGUUUUCUCUUCAGGAAUUGACAGUCUCACAGUGUCCAAACUUAAGGGAGUUGCCAACGGAGCUACAACACCUGUCUUCUCUUCAGAAACUGACGAUCUCAGAUAUUCCAAACUUGACCGAAUUGCCAUCGCAUCUGCAACACUUGUCUUCUCUUCAGAAAUUGGAGAUUUCAGGGAUGCCAAACUUGAAGGAAUUGCCGUUGGAAUUGUGCAGACUAAUAAAUCUUGAACUGUUAACAAUAGAGGAAUGCCCGAGCCUUGUCUCAUUUCCAGAUGUGGGUUUGCCUCCGAUGCUCAAGGCUUUGGAGAUCAAAGGAUGUGCAGCUCUACAGUCCCUAACAGUAGCAUCAACGGAAGGAAUGGAUUUAAUGCACAUCAACAAUAUUUGCCUUGAAGAGCUGCGCAUCUCUGAAUGUACAUCUCUUCUUGAGGUGUCUUUCCCCAUUGUGGUCUACCUCCUCCUACCUUGGAAACACUUGAGAUCUCCAACUGUAGGAGUUUAGAGUUUCCCCUGUCAGAGGAGAAGAUGGAGCAUAAUUACCACACAUGUUCCAUUGAAGUUUUGAAGAUAGAUAAUAGCUGCGAUCUUCUCAAAACGUUGUCUUUAGGUUUCUUCCCAAAGCUUCUUUCUCUCCUCAUCUCGGGGUGUAUAAAUUUUAGGACGCUUUCAAUUCCAAACUACAAGCUUCAAAAUCUGUUAGAGCUUCAAAUAGAGGAUUGCCCUGAAAUGGUAUCCUUUGCGCAUGGAAAUGGAGGAUUGUCCGCUCCCAAUAUGACCUCCUUUAGUGUCUAUCACUGCAAGAAUCUGAAGUCACUACCAUUACAAAUGUACACCCUCCUCCCAUCUCUUCAAUCAUUGAUCAUAGUUAACUGUCCAGAAGUAGAAUCAUUUCCAUAUGGAGGUUUGCCAUCCAACUUAAGUAGACUUGUGAUCCAUAAUUGCAAGAAACUGAUGAAGGGCCGAAUGGGGUGGGGUUUCCAGACACUCCCAUCUCUUGGAGAAUUUUAUAUCAGUGGUGCAUAUGAAGAAGAAGAAGUGUUGGAGUCAUUUCCGGAGGAGUGGCUGUUGCCCAGCACUCUUACCUAUCUUGUGAUUCAAUGCCUUCCAAAUUUGAAAUCACUGAACCACAAGGGCCUUCAACACCUCUCCUCUCUUGCACAUCUCUACAUACGGAACUGCCCUAAGCUCCUGUCAUUGCCAGAAGAGGGGCUGCCCAACUCCCUCUCUCGCCUGACUGUAUGGAACUGUCCAUUGUUGAAACCACGUUGCCGAAGUGAGAAAGGGGAAGAUUGGCCCAACAUUUCCCGAAUCCGCCACAUAAGGAUCGAUGGUGAAGACAUCAUAAACUUGGAGUGACAGACACUGAUGCUCGCAUUGGAUUCCUCUGUUUGUUUUCUAUUUGUGCAUGAAAACCCCCCUAAUUCAUUCCCACUCAGUGUCAAUGCCAGUGGUGUGUGCUUCUUGGAACACUGGAAAGACUGCAUGAUUAACCAAAUCACAUUAGGACCAUUCCCAGAUGAACUUGACGUUGAUAGUUGCAGAGAAACUUCAAUUGUCAAUCAGAUUUUCAAUGGAUUCUCCAAAGAACUGCUUAGCAUCCGGUUUUCUUGAAACUUGCAGUGUUACAGAGGGAUAUAUUGAUCUCAGUCAUAACUAAAAACCGUGAUGCAAAUCAUCCUGAAGAGACCUCAAACUCAGAUGGUGGUACAUCCUCUCAUGAUUUGUACUCCCGAGUAAUGGGAGAAGGAAAAGGGGGCUGUGUUUGCAUUUAUGGCUUAGGUACACCUUCUGACAUUUGGGGCUGAUCUCCUAUUCGGGUGGAGCUUUUGAGGUGAGUGACACAGUCUGAGGGAGAGGUUCCUGUUGUAUGUGCAGAAUUUCAAGAGACAGUGUUUAAUUUGAAGGCAGAGUAUAAUGAACAACUUGAAAGUCUAAACCAACAAAUAGCCACGUUAUUGCAUCAUCAUAUGCUAAUGCUAGUGGACUGGUUUUGAAGUCUUCCGCCACUCUAGGAGAGUCACCAAGUUCUGGUUGCAGUCAUGACACUCCACGUUUGGGCCAGUUGAAGCAGAAAGCAAGAGGGCAAGGCAAGUCCAGCAAUAUAUAUUGC